GGGAUCGGAGGGGUAGCACAGGAUCAUACUGUACUGUAGCUGCCCAGCACCAUUACCCACAUCACCUUAGCACUCGUCUCCUCUCGUGUCGUCUCACAGGAGAGAGAGAGGAGAGAGAGAUGGUGCGGCCGAGGCCGAAGAGAGGGGAGCGGCGGAUCGACGCCGCGAUCGACCACCUCGCCGAGUACGGAUUCCCUAAAACCCUCAUCCGCAGGACCAUCAACAACUUCCUGCAGCUGUACGGGAGGGAUGGUUGGGUGUUCCUGGAGGAGGGAUCAUACCGUGUUGUACUUGAAAAGCUCCUGGAAGAGCAGGCACAACAGCAGCAGAAGGAUCAGCAACAAGAAGUGGCUGCGGAUGAGGCGCCACCGGAAAAUGAUAUGCAAAUUUCACGAGUGCAUAGUGAGGCACCGACUAAAUCUCAGUCGGCCCUUGAACAGCAUGCUUCUCCCAACAGUUCACGUCCCCUCGAACCUGUACUGCCACUGCCUCCAGUUACAAAAGCUGCUGCUGCUGCAAGGCCUCCCUGCCGUGGAUGGAUUAGUGAAGAGUCCGAGAGUGAAUCAGAGGAUGGAGAAGUAUUUCCUGAUAUACCAAGUCCUGCGGAAAGCUUGCCUUCUAAGAGGAAGCGACCUAGUAGAUGGGAUGUGCGCCCUAACUGAGAUGCUGAUAUCCACCUUUAGGGAUGGAUGGAGAAUUCACCUGCGCCUUUAUCUUGUAUGUAAUCUUACUAGAAUUAUCUUGCAGAGAGCAAACAGUAUGAGAUGUAGCCGCCGUUUGGUUGCAGAAUGACAACAGAAUGUAUAAACUGCUGCUUGACAGUGCUCGUGCACUCAAGACUGAUGUACUAAGUACUAAUAUGGAUCUAUGAUUAAGGGAUCCAUUGCACCUCUUGCUCGUUCGGAGCAAAAUUGGAGGCUCUAGAGAUGG